AAGAAGCUCCUAGUCCUAGAGCCCCUGCUUCUUCCCCGGUGGAUUAAUGGCGGUUCUCGCUGCUUCCUCCUUGGUGCUGCUUCUCUUCUUCUCCUUCCCUCCCGCGCCGGCCAACGGUCUCCUCUCCCCCAAGGGUGUAAACUAUGAAGUGCAAGCCCUCAUGAUGAUCAAGAACUGCCUCAAGGAUCCCCAUGGCGUACUCAAGAACUGGGACCAAGACUCCGUGGAUCCUUGCAGCUGGACCAUGGUCACCUGCUCACAGGAAAACCUCGUCACUGGCCUAGAAGCUCCGAGCCAGAACCUGUCUGGCCCGCUCUCCCCGAGCAUAGGGAAUUUGACCAAUCUUGAGAUAGUCCUGCUGCAGAACAACAACAUCAACGGGCGAAUCCCGGAGAUUGGCAGGCUGACAAGGCUCAAGACGCUUGAUCUCUCCAGCAACCAGUUAUCUGGCGAAAUCCCCAGCUCCGUGAGCCGCCUCACGAACCUCCAAUACUUGAGGCUCAACAACAAUACACUGUCUGGCGCAUUCCCUGCAUCAUCGGCUAAUUUGUCGCACCUUGUCUUCUUGGAUCUGUCCUAUAAUAAUCUCAGCGGUCCAGUUCCAGGGUCAUUGGCGAGGACAUUCAACAUAGUAGGGAAUCCACUGAUCUGUGGAGCAGCCAAGGAACAAGAUUGUUAUGGAACUUUACCGAUGCCGAUGUCCUACAGCCUGAAUAACACACAAGGUACUCCAGUUCCAGCAAAAUCUAAGGGCCACAAAGCUGCAAUUGCAUUUGGCUCUACAAUAGGCUGCAUCAGCGUCCUCUUCCUUGUUACGGGAUUGCUGUUCUGGUGGAGGCAUAGGAAAAAUCGGCAGAUUCUUUUCGAUGUUGAUGACCAACACAUAGAGAAUGUCAAUCUUGAAAACCUGAAGAGGUUUCAGUUCAGAGAGCUCCAGGCUGCAACAGAGAACUUCAGCAGCAAGAACUUAAUAGGAAAAGGCGGUUUUGGAAAUGUGUAUCGGGGGAAGCUCCCAGAUGGAACUAUAGUAGCUGUGAAGAGGCUGAAAGAUGGAAAUGCCGCUGGCGGGGAGUUGCAGUUUCAGACUGAAGUCGAGAUGAUCAGCUUGGCGGUGCACCGGAAUCUCCUAAGGCUUUGCGGGUUCUGCAUGACUGCCACCGAGAGGCUACUGGUCUAUCCGUGCAUGUCAAAUGGAAGUGUUGCAUCACGCCUGAAAGGGAAGCCACCACUGAACUGGAUCACCAGGAAGGGGAUAGCACUCGGGGCAGCUAGAGGCCUACUAUACCUGCAUGAGCAGUGUGACCCCAAGAUCAUCCACAGGGAUGUAAAGGCAGCGAACAUAUUGCUCGAUGACUUCUGUGAAGCAAUUGUCGGAGAUUUUGGGCUUGCUAAGCUUCUAGACCACCGUGACUCGCAUGUCACCACAGCCGUGAGGGGCACUGUAGGCCACAUUGCCCCAGAGUACCUCUCCACGGGCCAGUCAUCUGAGAAAACCGACGUCUUCGGCUUCGGGAUCCUGUUGCUCGAGCUGACCACUGGACAGACUGCACUUGAAUUUGGAAAGGCAACAAAUCAGAAGGGAGCCAUGCUGGACUGGGUGAAAAAGAUGCAUCAGGAGAAGAAUCUCAACGUGCUUGUUGAUAAGGGACUUGGGAGCAGUUACGACCGCAUUGAGCUAGAGGAGAUGGUGCAGGUGGCGCUGUUGUGCACCCAGUAUCUCCCGGGUCACAGGCCUAAGAUGUCAGAGGUGGUCAGGAUGCUCGAAGGCGAUGGGCUUGCAGAGCGGUGGGAGGCAUCGCAACGUAGCGACUCACACAAUUUCAAGGUGCCCGAGUUCACCUUCGGGCGCUGCUACUCCGACCUGACGGACGAUUCGUCAUUGCUGGUACAGGCAGUUGAGCUCUCUGGACCAAGAUGACACCAUGAUAGGCCAUGAAAGGCAAGAAACAUCGUCAGUUGUUUCCAGCAGGACCUGUACAGAAGAAACGAACCUGCAUAAAAUGGCAAAUAACACAAUGAAGUUUGCAUCUGCUGAUGCAGUCUGUCAGGAAGUGGAGCAGGUCCCAGAUUAACUUUAACUGUACAAAGAUCAGAAAAGUUCACAACCUAGCUACCUAGGCUGGUAUAUUACAUUAACAGAUUAUGUAAACUGUUUGUACAAUAAAGGUGACGGUGCAAUAGUUUUGUA